GUAAUUUCUUAUACAGAACGAAGUAGGGAUUGUGAAGGUAUAAAGGCUGGGUAUUUCCUUACUCAACCGAACUUUCUAUCUCUUAUUUACCUUUUUCAUUCAAGACCAUCUUCAGUCAUUUUUCAAGACAUUCAAGUUUCAAAACUUUCCUCAUUUAUUCGCAUCGUCUCGUCAUAUCCGUCCUCACGAUGAAGUAUUUACACUCUCCGUCUCAACACCAUGAUCAUCACGAUCACAAGACCAUGAAGGCUGUUGAAUUCGAAGGCAAAGCUUUCGACAUCACUGUCAAGAAACUUCCGAUCCCCAAAGUUCGUCUGCCUCACGAUGCAAUCAUCCGUGUCACGUCAAGUGGAAUCUGCGGUAAGUCUCUACCCAUCACAACUCACCAGGCUCGAAGCUCCACGCCCGGACCUCAUCCAAAAUUGACAUUCUCGUCCUCCUUAAUGAAACAUAAACACUUAUCUGAUCUCCCUAUAGGGACCGAUCUCCACGUAUUCCACGGCCGCGUCCCCGUCAACCCACCCAUGACAAUGGGCCACGAAAUCGUCGGCAUCGUCCACUCACUCGGCUCCAAAGUCACCGAUCUCAAAGUCGGCGACCGCGUCAUCGUCUCUGCCGUCAUAAACGACGACCACCUCGGUGGUGAAGCUGACGACGAAUCCAUCGGAGGACUUGGGUUCGGAACUUUCCCGGGCUUCUCCCAGUUCAAUGGCGGGCAAGCCGGGUAUGUGCGAGUGCCGUUCGCGACUGAUAAUCUGCUGUUGUUGCCCAAGGGAACAGACAAUGAGCUGGAUUAUGUGAUGUUGGCGGAUAUUUUCCCGACAGCGAAUUGGGCACUUGAUGCGUCGGGGUUCAAGUUGGGGGAUGUCGUUGUUAUUUUCGGGGCUGGUCCUGUCGGUCUCCUCGCAGCCUACUCGGCUUUCCUUCGCGGUGCCAGCAAAGUCUACAGCGUCGACCGUGUUCCUGAACGUCUCGCUAAGGCAAAGAGCAUCGGCGCAAUUCCCAUCGACUUUAGCAAAAGCGAUCCCGUCGCUCAGAUUUUGAAGCAUGAGCCGGCAGGUGUUGAUCGCGCUUGUGACUGCAUAGGCUACGAAUGUGUGGAUGCAAAAGGAAAGAAUGUUGGGAACUUAGUGCUCACCCAGGCGAUUCAAGUGACAAGAGUUGCUGGCGGCAUUGGUGUUAUUGGCGUAUAUUCUCCUUCCGACCCUCGUGGAGCAACACCUGCUCUCAAGAAAGGAAUCUUUGAGAUCCCCUUUGGCGAAUCAUGGUUCAAGGGUCAAACCAUCCGAUCUGGCAUCGUGCCAUUUCGCGAGUACCAGCCCGCGCUCCUGAAAAUGAUUCAGAGUGGACGAGCUAAGCCUAGCUUUAUUGUUGAUCGGGAAUUGAAGAUUGAUGAUGCGCCCGAAGCCUAUCAGGAGUUCUCGGAUCGGGACUUCAUCAAGAGUGUUAUCCGCUUCGGGAAUUUUGAGGGGCAGGAGGCCAAUAGUGAGGUUGAAGAGGAGGAGGAGGAAAGACCUUUGAGAAAGAGAAAGAGGAAUAGUGCAAGUGCUUGAAUAGACCUGCUGUACAUCUGCACGUAGGGUCAAGUCCACGUUAAAGUUGCACUUUACCUCUAUACCUAUAGUAAUCAUUGCUUAAUCCUCAAGCCUUCCCACAGUAUCCAUAAGGAAUUAUAUUUUACUAUGCUUGGUCAUCCUCUGCCAAAAGAAAAUGGAGCUCAAAGGAAAAUGAAAGUAAGCUUCAUAGCAGCAGGAGCUGCCUUAAUUACAACCACCUUAAAGCAAGAACAUAACAGCGCAAAUUGUUCUAUUGUCCUAUUGUGGUUUCUUUGUUCUCGGGUUCUUUGAAGACCUGCACUUGCUGGAGAGCGAAACUGUACCUCUAGCAAUCCCUUCAAGGAGGCCCUUCUUAAUCUUUGUCUCUGCCAUCUUUGUCUCUGCCAUCCUUGUCGCGCCGCCCUUUGUAUCUAAUUGCCUUUACAUUGCUGGCAAUGCUGCC